GUGGGCAGGACGACUAAAUAUAGUCCUGGGGCCAAGACAGCCUGGGAGGGUCUGUCUGUGAUUCACUCUGUGCCCUCACCAGUGGGGUCCACUGCUAGCUGCGCCUGACCGUCAUGUCGGCUGCGCCGGGCCUCCUGCACCAAGAGCUGUCCUGCCCGCUCUGCCUGCAGCUGUUCGAAGCGCCGGUGACGGCCGAGUGCGGCCACAGUUUCUGCCGCGCCUGCCUGAGCCGCGUGGCGGGGGAGCCGGCGGAGGACGGCACGGUGCCCUGCCCGUGCUGCCAGGCACUCACGCGGCCACAGGCGCUCAACACCAACCUGCAGCUGGCGCGCCUGGUGGAGGGGCUGGCGCAGGUGCCGCAGGGCCACUGCGAGGAGCACCUCGACCCGCUCAGCAUCUACUGCGAGCAGGACCGAGCGCUAGUGUGCGGCGUGUGCGCCUCGCUCGGUUCGCACCGCGGCCACCGCCUGCUGCCCGCCGCCGAAGCCCAUGCGCGCCUCAAGACGCAACUGCCCCAGCAGAAGCUGCAGCUGCAGGAGGCGUGUAUGCGCAAGGAGAAGAGUGUGGCUGUGCUGGAGCACCAGCUGCUGGAGGUGGAGGAGACGGUGCGUCAGUUCCGGGGGGCUGUCGGGGAUCAGCUGGGCAAGAUGCGGGUGUUCCUGGCGGCGCUGGAGGGCUCCUUGGAUCGGGAGGCAGAGCGUGUGCGGAGUGAGGCGGGGGUCGCCUUGAGACGAGAGCUGGGCAGCCUGAACUCUUACCUGGAGCAGCUACGGCAGAUGGAGAAAGUCCUGGAGGAGGUGGCCGACAAGCCACAGACGGAGUUCCUCAUGAAAUACUGUCUGGUGACCAGCAGGCUACAGAAGAUCCUGGCAGAAUCACCACCACCUGCCCGGCUGGAUAUCCAGUUGCCUGUCAUCUCAGAUGACUUCAAAUUCCAGGUGUGGAGGAAGAUGUUCCGGGCUCUGAUGCCAGUUAUGAAGGACCUGACCUUUGACCCGAGCACCGCCCACCCGAGUCUGGUGCUGUCUCCCUCUGGCCGCCGCGUGGAGUGUUCCGAUCAGAAGGCGCCGCCGGCCGGGGAGGACCCGUGCCAGUUCGACAAGGCUGUGGCGGUGGUGGCGCACCAGCUACUGUCCGACGGCGAGCACUACUGGGAGGUGGAGGUGGGCGACAAGCCGCGCUGGGCCCUCGGCGUGAUUGCGGCCCAGGCCAGCCGCCGCGGCCGGCUGCACGCCGUGCCCUCGCAAGGCCUCUGGCUGAUCGGGCUGCGGGACGGCAAGAUCCUGGAGGCGCACAUCGAGGCCAAAGAGCCGCGCGCCCUGCGCACUGCGGAGAGGCGGCCGACGCGAAUCGGGAUCUACCUGAGCUUUGCCGACGGAGUCCUCUCCUUUUAUGAUGCCAGUGACGCCGACGCCCUCGAGCUGCUCUUUGCCUUCCACGAGCGCCUGCCCGGGCCCGUGUACCCCUUUUUCGACGUGUGUUGGCACGACAAGGGCAAAAACGCUCAGCCGCUGCUCCUCGUGGGGGCUGAUGGCGAGGAGGCCUGA